CGCUCCAAUGCCACGCAGCCGCUCCUGAGGACACGCCAGCGAAGCCCUCCGCGUCCACGGGAACGCCAGCCCGGCAAGGCGCCGACCGACCGCCCGGACAUGCGCAUCUCCGUCGCCGCAGACGUCGGCCCUCAAGGUCAGCCAUGGACGGCAGAUGACUAUUCUGGCGUUGGCUGUAUGAUGAGUGGAGUAGCUGCGGGCAAGCAGCCGCCGUCACUAGCUGUGACAAAGCGGCAGAAGCUGGGUACUGGCAAUGUACCCCCCGCAGUCCACGGCCGUGCAAAUCCUGGCCUUCAGGUGCGACCACGACUCAGCAAUCAUCAGCGUAAUCUCAGCUUGGAUUUCCGGUCAAUGGGCAUUCUACUUCCACCUAUAUCACAGGUGACAGCAGCUACUACACUGACAAUGCAUCACCGCAAUAGGAGUCUUGACUCUGCAUUACAGAGGAUUCCUGAAGUCGAUGUAACGCCUAGUCCCGAAUGUGAACCGUCCGACGGGAGGCUGCCCAAAUCAGCUGUGCCUCCCGACGUACCCGUUGCAGGAGUUGCAGUAAGGGCCAGCCCAGUUACCGGUCGAGAUCGUGAAGAGAUUGCCAGCUUGGGCUCCGACGAUUCCGGCAUUCUUUGUGGUGGCGGUAGCAGUGACACGACGAGGGAAUCCAGUGUACACAGUAUAAGCCGCAGCCACGAGAGCCUUGAGUCAGGCUCUGGCCAGGAUCAUGUUGUCCAAGAACCGGAAGAUGUGCCGCAACUGAGUGACAGUGAAUCUUCUCCCCCAGUGUCUGUUGUGCAGGCUGCCCCACCCCCCUCGUCGCAGUCUUCAUUGACACUGUGUUGUGGUGGUGCUAAUACAGAACCUUCUGAGACUGAGAAGACUGCCAGGGAACUUUCACAAGGCAGCGGUGCAAAAGAUUUCUUAUUAAGGUUAUUUGAAAGCAAACUGUUUGAUAUGUCCAUGGCAAUCACAUAUCUCUUCAAAUCAAAAGAACCUGGAGUACAGAGUUACUUGGGGAACAAAAUAUUCAGUUUUCCAGACAAUGAAGUAGAUUUUUACUUGCCACAGUUGGUUAGCAUGUACAUACAGAUGCAUGAUGUUGCUGAAGUAAUACAUCCGUACCUUAUACACAGGUGUAGAAAGUCUGCUGACUUUUCUCUGAAGUGUGCCUGGCUCCUUGAUGCAUACAGUUCAGAUGCUCAUUUACCAUCGAAGAAAAAGUCCCAUGGAACAAAGUUGCGUAAUCAUAUUCUCUCAGAUGAAUUACGCCCUCGAGGUCAUCAACAGCAUAAACCAGACCAGCCUACUACAGUUCCUCCUCCACCUCCUCCGCCACUUCCUCUUCCAUUAUCAGUUGCUAAGAAGACACAUCAGCGAUCUCGAUCUGAUGCUACAGGACUCUUUCAGAGUUGCAAACGCAUGCUGUCUUCCGGUUCGACCAACAAAGUCUCUUUAGGUGACUUAGCAUCUGGACGUGCAUUUGACAAUGGCUGUACCUGUUUUGACACCUGUCAGGGGGUCGUUAAUGAUCUCAAAGGAAAGAAGACGGAUUGCACGUGCAAUGCUCCACGUCUGGCUCCUCAGUUGGAGUUCCUCAAGGCACUAAUAUCAAUAGGCAAACUUUUGAGCACAAUUCCAGUCAAAGAAGACAAGACUACAAGACUGCAGGCAGAGCUAUCUACAUUGAACUUGAAUCUGCCAGCUCGGGUAUGGCUGCCCAUUCAUAGUGAGGUACCUCACCACAUUGUUAGAAUACCACCCCAGACUUCUGCUGUCCUCAAUUCAAAAGACAAGGCUCCAUAUAUUAUAUAUGUGGAAGUACUGGAGGUGGAUGACAUACAUACAUCACCUGUGCCAGCAAAAAUAAUGAAUACUUUGCGACCUACAAAGUCUGAGGACAACCUUGUAGCAGAAGUACAGUGUGAAAGUUUGUCUUCAUGUGCUUUUAGCAUUUAUAGUAGUCCUGAUGAUGAUACAGCAGACUGCUGGUCACAGGAGGAUGAUGAAAUAUCCCAGCAGUAUAUGCAGCUACGGAAGCCAAUGGAUCGCGACACAAUAUCGCAGCUGAGCCAAGAAUCAAGUGAUUCGAGGGAGCCACCUGUGUUUAUAGCAGCUGGUGACAUUAGGAGGCGGCUUUCAGAGUCAUUGCAUGAUCAGAGGCGAGCAGCAUUCACACAUGAUCCUGAAGACCCAUCAGCAGCUGCUCUGAAGGAGCCCUGGGAGGAAAAAGAGAGGAGGUUGCGUGAAGCUUCACCAUAUGGGCAUUUCAGUACAUGGCGGUUGCUGUCUGUCAUUGUAAAGUGUGGUGAUGACCUUCGACAGGAACUUCUAGCUUCACAGCUCCUGUCCAUGUUAAAAAGGAUAUGGGAAGAAGAAAGAGUACCCCUUUGGGUGCGCCCAUAUAGGAUUCUGUGUUUGUCUAAUGACAGUGGGCUCAUAGAAACUAUACCAAACACAGUUUCAUUACAUCAGAUCAAAAAGCACUGUCAACUUUCACUUCUUGAGUAUUUUAUUCGAGAGUACGGACCUCAGAAUUCUGAAGCAUUCCUCACUGCUCGUCAGAAUUUUGUUGAGAGCUGUGCUGCUUACUGCCUCGUCUGCUACUUGAUACAAGUCAAAGACAGGCACAAUGGCAAUAUCCUCCUGAAUAACGAAGGUCGUCUUAUACACAUUGAUUUUGGCUUCAUGUUGUCAACUUCACCAAGAAACCUUGGGUUUGAGAUGUCCCCAUUUAAGCUCACUCAAGAGUUUGUGGAUGUGAUGGGAGAAGAAGACAUGUUUAAUUAUUUUAAGUUUUUGAUCCUGCAGGGUUUAGUAGCUGCAAGAAAGCAUAUGGAUAAAAUAGUCAGUCUUGUGGAGGUUAUGUGCUCAGAUUCCCAGCUACCAUGCUUGAAGUCUGGUGCAGUUACAGUACAAAACUUAAAGAAGCGCUUCCACAUGAGCAUGACAGAAGAGCAGCUACAAGUGCUUGUAAACAAUCUUGUUGAAUCAAGCAUCCAUUCUCUCAGCACUAAGCUGUAUGAUGGCUUCCAAUAUUUCACCAAUGGGAUCUUGUGAAGUGCUGUGUUUGUGUAAAGUAUUGUUCGCAAAAGUUAAUUGAAAUUCUUGUUGUUUGCUGUAAGACAUUUGUUCCUCGCAUGUGAAAAAGUUGAUUAUUAAAUUCAGUUUUAAAACGUU